AAGCGGAGCUCGGUAGAGGCGGACGAGCGGCCCCAGGAGCGGCCUCGGGAGCGCGGGUGUCGGUGCCGCUCAGCCCCCCCCCCCGGGUGUCGAGGGGCCGCGCGGGCCCUCCGAGGAGCGCGGUGCACGCGGCGGGAGGCAGGAGGCCGCGGCGAGCCUGGGCGCCUCUCCGGCACCCGGCUGGGUGGCGUCCUCCUCGGGGUCCUGGAGACGGCCCGGCAGCCGCGGCGAGGGCUGCUCCUGACGCUCCUCGCCCGUCCGUCCUCACCUGGGCUACGGGGCUACGUGGCCGCGGAAACGAAAGCGACUCCGAGGACACAGCACUAAGCAAGAACCAAACGUGGUGUGUUGGGGAUUCUGAGCAUUCAAAAUGCAACCAGAUAUGUCCUUGGACAACAUUAAAAUGGCAUCCAGUGACCUGCUGGAGAAGCAAGAUCUAGACAGCGGAGGCUUUGGGAAGGUGUCCUUGUGUUUGCACAGAAGCCAUGGAUUUGUCAUCCUGAAAAAAGUGUACACAGGGUCCAACUGUGCUGAGUACAAUGAGGCUCUCUUGGAGGAGGGGAAGAUGAUGCACAGACUGAGACACAGUCGCGUGGUGAAGCUACUGGGCGUCAUCAUGGAGGAAGGGAACUACUCACUGGUGAUGGAGUACAUGGAAAAAGGCAACCUGAUGCAUGUGCUGAAGGCUGAGGUCAGUGUCCCACUCUCUGUAAAAGGAAGGGUAAUUGCGGAGACCAUCGAAGGAAUGUGUUACUUACAUGACAAAGGCGUGAUACAUAAGGACCUAAAGCCUGAAAAUAUCCUCGUUGACCAUGACUUUCACAUCAAGAUAGCUGAUCUCGGUGUAGCUUCCUUUAAGACGUGGAGCAAACUGACUAAAGAGGAACUCAACAAGCAGAGGGAAGUGAACAGCUCCUCUAAGAAGAAUGGAGGCACCCUGUACUACAUGGCGCCCGAGCACCUGAAUGACAUCAAUGCAAAGCCCACAGAGAAGUCAGAUGUGUACAGUUUUGCCAUUGUACUGUGGGCAAUAUUUGCGAAUAAGGAGCCCUAUGAGAAUGUCAUCUGUGCUGAGCAGUUCGUUGUCUGCAUAAAAUCUGGGAACAGACCAGACGUGGAGGACAUCAUUGAGCACUGCCCACGGGAGAUCAUCAGCCUCAUGGAGCGGUGUUGGCAGGCGACCCCAGAAGACCGGCCAACAUUUCCUGACAUUGGAAAAGAAUUUAAACCUUUUUACUCAAGCCAACUGGAGGAAUUUGUAGAAGAGGAUGUGGCAAGUUUAAAGAAAGAGUAUCCAGAUCAAAGCUCAAAUUUGAAGAGAUUGUAUUCUCUCCAGAAUGAUUGUGUGCCUUUACCUCCAAGCAGGUCAAAUUCAGAGCAACCCCAUUCACUGCACAGCUCCCAGGGACUCCCGAUGGGGCCAGUGGAGGAGUCCUGGUUUUCUUCCUCCCCAGAGUACCCACAGGAAGAGAAUGAACGUAGCGUGCAGGCUAAACUCCAGGAGGAAGCCAGCUAUCAUGCUUUCGGAAGAUUCACGGAGAAACAGACAAAACCACAGCCAAGGCAGAAUGCAGCUUAUGACAGAGAGGAGGAAAGGAGACGGCGGGUCUCCCAUGACCCCUUUGCACAGCAAAGAGCUCGUGAGAAUGUUAAGAGCGCAGGAGCUAAAGGUCUUUCCAAUCCCAGCACAAGCAGUUCCGCAAAUGCAGCACCCCAGCUGUCGGGGCCAGGCAGCCAAGCGCAAGUGCCACUUUGGAACAACGGAUUAUAUAAUCAGCAUGGGUUUGGAACUGCAGGUGCAGGAAGUUGGUAUGGGCCAAAUCCAAGCCAAAUGUUUAACACUUAUAAAACGCCAGUGCCUGAGACCAACCUACCAGGAAGCACACCCACCGCUCCGUUCAUCUCCUUGCCGCUAACAGAUGAGUCCUUAAGAUAUACUAUAUUCAACAGUUCUGGCAUUCAGAUUGGAAACUACAAUUAUAUGGACCUUGGACUGAGUUCACAACCACCAGACAACAUGCUCAAAGAAGAGUCAGCUUCCAAGUACCAAGCCAUCUUUGAUAACACCACUAGUCUGACUGAUAAACACCUGAACCCUGUCAGGGAAAACCUGGGGAGGCAGUGGAAAAACUGUGCCCGCAAGCUGGGUUUCACAGAGUCUCAGAUCGAUGAAAUUGACCAUGACUAUGAAAGAGACGGGUUGAAAGAAAAGGUGUACCAAAUGCUUCAGAAGUGGCUGAUGCGGGAAGGCACCAAGGGGGCCACAGUGGGAAAAUUGGCCCAGGCGCUUCACCAGUGUUGCAGACUAGACCUGCUGAACCACUUGAUACAAGCCAGCCGGAGCUAAACCUGGGCUGACUCUGGCGGUGGGAACCUAACUGUUCAUCCAGUGCAUUAGGGCCUUUUGCUCCCUGGCCUUCAGAACCCUGUCUCAUAUGAGCUCUGUGUCUGAGCGCACAGUGCUGUGCAUUUGGGAACUGAUGAAUGAGAAGAGAUAUCUGAAAUCCACAACGAUUCUUCCGAAAGUACAAGCAUGAAGACGACUGAACAGUCCGGGACCAGUUGUGGGGGAAAGGAUAAAAAGAACAGCCUAUUGGGUUUUGAAAAGGAGAGACAAGUUGUUGGAGGAAAAAGAUGGUCUUCCGUCAGCUUGUGUUAUUUUGUGUCUUCAGUUAUUCUAUUUGCUCAAGUUUCCUGUGGCUUCAUUUGGGUGUGAGGGAAAAAAAAAAAAAAAAGCAUUCAAAGAAUAUAAAAUCAACUAGCUUCCUACUUCAUGCACUGCAAAUGCAGUAACGUUCUGCUCAGAUACAUGUCUUACAUGAGCCACAGUUCUUCUGAAAACUGUGGGAUCUGUUAAUGUUAGCAUCCAAUACAGGACUGUCACCUUAAGCUUUAAGAAUCAUGUGCAAUUCCAGUCUAUCAACUUAACAUUCAAUGAGGAAUUCUUAAGGAGUGCGAAGGAGGAGAAAAAACUACAGGGCAAAGGGAGAUCUUCAGAUUCUGGCUGUCAUCACUAAGAACCACUGCUGAUUACAAGUAUUGUAAAAACUACUGUAAGUUUCUAAAUUUCCUCCUACCGUUCUGGUGCUUCCUGCAGUUUCCCAGCCUCUGCAUCCUGCAGAGGAAACAGGUAUGCAGGAAACCUUGAUCAGGACGUGCCAUCUCUUCCUCCCUGGAUAUGACUGGCCCUUCAGCACUGCUUACUAUAGAGCUGUUUCCUCAGUUUACCCCAGAGUAUUGUAGAAAUUUGUUUCUUCCGUGUGCCGCAAAUCAAAAAAAGGAUGGCUUCAGAGUCUGCUCACUGUGUCUUUAGCAAGCCCACCCACAACCUACAAGUGAGUGAAAGAACUAGAAGACUAGAAGACUGAAGCCGCCUGAGCUAGGUGCAGUCACUGAUGGCACUUGCUGGUCAAAGGCCGUGCGGUGACAGUCUGGCUGUUAAGAAAGAUUUUGGUGUCUGGUUAACAGCAGUGGGUUGUGGUUCUGAAUCCCCUCCAACUUCAGCACAGACAUAGCACUCCUAGAAUGAGCUGCAAAGCAGCUUCUGCCUUGUUGGCAUUUCGGCAUUAGCUGGCACUUCAUCCUCCUCUGUUGGGCUAGCCUGUGUUCUCUAGGAUAUUCGGAAAUAUUUCUGGCCUUACCUACAGGAAGCUAAAAGUACAAACCAAUCCUACCCACCAGGUCUGACAAAAGUGUCUCUAGACAUUGCUAUGUGUUCUCUGGAAAGACUCUACUGUAACUUAAUUUUUUCUUCCCCACAAAACACAGUUUCUCUGUGUAGUUCUGGCUGUCCUGGAAGUCAUGAUGUAGACGAGGUUGGCCUCAAACUCAGAGAUCUACCUGGCUCUUUUUCCCAAGUACUAGGAUUAAAGGUGUGUGCCACUGCCGCUGCCACCAACCACCACCCAGCUUCCUACUGUAACUUUACAUGCCUCAGUUCUCCUGUCACAUAGGCUGGGUUCAUGCCUUAAUUGCAUAGAACAUGGACAGUGGAAGGGAAUAUGAGCAGGGAAGGUUCCAGGCUUUCCUGGAGGAGCCUGAGUAGUCUUUAAAUGUUUUCCUCUUGUCCUCUCUUCUAAUGCUGUUUUAAGAAGACAGAAUUGGGGCUGGAGACAUGGUUCAGAGGAUAAGAGCACUGGCUGUUUUUCCAAAGGUUUUGAGUUCAAUUCCUAACAACCACUGGCUCCUAACGAUCUAUAAUGAGAUCUGGUACCCUCUCCUGGUGUGCAGGCACACAUGCAGGCAGAAUAUUGUAUAAAUAGUAAAUAAAUAAAUCUUUUUUUUUAA